AAAAGAAAACUUCCUCAAGUAGGCACUCACAUGAUUCAACUUCAGCAAUGAGGGAGAAGUCUGUUUUUACUACUUUGAGUCUCCUCCAUGUAAUAUGUUUUUGCCUGAUAGCUUCAGCUGCCAGCUCUCCAAACAUCAUCAUUAUGCUUAUGGAUGACAUGGGAUGGGGUGAUUUGGGGAUUUUGGGUCAGCCAUCCAAAGAGACCCCAAAUUUGGAUGCCAUGGCAGCUCAGGGCAUGUUGCUCCCAAACUUCUACACUGCAAAUCCUCUGUGUUCCCCUUCUAGAGCUGCUCUUCUUACUGGGAGGUUACCUGUCAGGAAUGGUUUCUACACUACCAAUGCACAUGCUCGAAAUGCAUACACCCCGCAAGAAAUAGUUGGUGGAAUCUCUAAUGAUGAGAUUUUGUUACCAGUGGUGCUGAAGAAGAAAGGCUAUGUCAGCAAAAUUGUUGGCAAAUGGCAUCUUGGGCACAGACCGCAAUACCUUCCCCUGAAGCAUGGAUUUGAUGAAUGGUUUGGUGCUCCAAACUGCCACUUUGGUCCUUACAACAACAAAAAACGUCCUAAUGUUCCUGUAUACAACAACAGUGAGAUGGUUGGAAGGUACUAUGAAGAGUUUAAGAUCCUUCUAGAUACUGCAGAAUCCAAUCUUACACAGAUCUAUUUGAAGGAGGGGUUAGACUUCAUUUUCCGUCAGACUCAAGCCCAAAAGCCAUUCUUCCUGUACUGGGCUCCUGAUGCCACUCAUGCUCCAGUAUACGCCUCCAAGCUCUUCAGGGGAAAGAGCCAACGUGGAAGAUAUGGUGAUGCUGUGAUGGAGCUGGAUUACAGUGUGGGUCAGAUUUUGUCAUUGCUCAAGUCUCUGGGCAUAGACAACAAUACUUUUGUAUUCUUCACCUCAGAUAAUGGUGCUGCUCUGAUAUCAGGGCCUGAAGGUGGCAGCAAUGGGCCUUUUCUCUGUGGGAAGGAGACAACUUUUGAAGGGGGGAUGAGGGAACCAGCCAUUGCAUGGUGGCCUGGACAUAUAAAAGAAGGCUUGGUGAACUAUCAGCUCUCUAAUGUAAUGGAUCUCUACACUACAAGUUUGGCUAUAGCCGGCAUUACUGUCCCUGAUGAUCGAGUACUGGACGGACUAGACCUGACACCUGUCCUGCUGAACAACUCUGACUCUCUCAAAAACAGGCCUGUCUUUUAUUACCGUGGGAAUGAGCUGAUGGCUGUGCGCAUGGGUCAGUACAAGGCGCACUAUUGGACCUGGAGUAACUCCUGGGAGCAGUUUAAAACCGGAAUCAACUUCUGCCCCGGCCAAGAGGUGCCUGGUGUGACCACUCAUGAUCAAAUGAACCACACUUUACAACCACUCAUCUUCCACCUGGGACGGGAUCCUGGAGAGAAGUACCCAAUCAGUGUGCUGACCAAAGAGUACCUGGACGUCAUGAAGACACUCACACCAGUUGUGCAGCAGCAUAAAAAAUACUUGAUCCCUGGAGUUCCUCAGCUCAACAUGUGUGAUCUGGCCGUAAUGAACUGGGCUCCUGAAGGGUGUGAGAAACUGGGGAAGUGUUUGAAGCCUCCUGAGUCCAAGCCAUGGAAGUGUUUUUGGCCGCAUUAAACUAAUCCACUGGGACUAAAGCAUAACUUGCACAGAAAGUCUUUUCUACAAUGUCAUUUGAUAAUGUCAGCCCUGGAUGAGAGAAUAUAAUAUAAUGUAUAAUACAGCUAAAUCUGUUUCUUUUUCAUGCUUUGAGUAGUACUGGUUCUUUUAUUAUUAUUAUUAGUUGUUUGUUUGUUUUGUUGUUGUUUUUUGGUUGUCUUUGUUUACAUGAUCUGAUGGAAAAGUAAAGUUCUUUUUCCAAGUGAAUUUUAAAUAAAGGCAUUCAUGAGGGUACAUUUA